AUGGCUCAGCAAGGCGGCGCUGCCUCCGGUGACGUUGAACGCACGGCGCCAACUCGUGGCUCAACGUCCGAGGGGCGUGCCUCUAGACGUGUCUCCCGGGUCUCCUACAAGGAAGAUUAUGCCAACCUUGACGAGUAUGGCAAGCUCGUCAAAUACGUUUCCACGUACCGCGAGGGUCGGGGAGAUGAAGGUCAGGAGGACGAAGAAGUGAAAAGAGUUUGGUACGCUCCCUGGAAGAAGCGCAAGGUUCACGUCAAGCACAAGCCCGCAGAAGAAGGGCAGUACCCGGAAGAGUGGCGCAUCACCGAUAUUCACCAGGGUCUUUCCUCCUCGGAGGUCCACGUUCGACGACGCAGUUCCGGAUGGAAUGAGCUGGUCUCGGAGAAGGAGAACCCAAUCGCCAAGGUCAUAUCGUAUUUCCGAGGGCCCAUUCUCUAUGUCAUGGAGCUGGCCAUGCUUCUUGCCGCCGGUCUGGACGAUUGGAUUGACUUCGGUGUCAUUAUCGGUAUUUUGUGCCUGAAUGCCGCUGUGGGUUGGUACCAGGAGAAGCAAGCCGCCGAUGUCGUGGCCAGUUUGAAAGGAGACAUUGCCAUGAGGGCGAAGGUCAUCCGUGAUGGACAAGAGCAAGAGAUCCUGGCCAAGGAACUUGUGCCUGGUGAUGUGAUCGUCAUUGGCGAUGGCAACGUCGUUCCGGCUGAUUCCAAAGUGGUCUGUGAUGUUAAUGACCCCAACGGAUGGGAAGAAUUCCAAACCAUGCAGACUCAGGGGGAUCUCAGCAGCACUUCGGAAUCUGAUAUCGAAGAUGUGGAUAACCAGGGUAAGGACAAAGAGACUGAGAAACAGGGUGAGGGGGGCGAGGAGGGCGAGGGGAAGCCGACUCCGAGACGCAGGCGAGGCUACCCGAUCCUGGCCUGCGACCACUCGGCCAUUACUGGAGAGUCCCUAGCAGUGGAUCGUUAUAUGGGCGAUAUGAUCUACUACACGACCGGCUGUAAGCGUGGGAAAGCCUACGCCGUGGUCCAGACUAGCGCAAAAACCUCGUUUGUGGGUAAAACCGCCAGCAUGGUGCAGGCCGCGCGCGGCGCGGGCCAUUUCGAAAUCGUCAUGGACAACAUCGGUACCUCGCUCCUUAUUCUCGUCAUGGCCUGGAUCCUUGCAGCAUGGAUCGGCGGCUUCUUCCGUCAUCUGCCCAUCGCCUCCCCUCGCCAGCAGACUCUCCUCCAUUAUACCCUGGGUUUGCUCAUCGUUGGUGUGCCCGUCGGUCUCCCCGUGGUGACCACCACCACCAUGGCCGUGGGUGCGGCCUACUUGGCCAAAAAGAAGGCGAUUGUCCAAAAGCUCACGGCAAUUGAAUCGUUGGCGGGUGUUGAUAUCCUGUGUUCCGAUAAAACCGGCACGCUUACAGCCAACAAACUAAGCAUCCGGGAUCCUUACGUUGCGGAAGGCGUCGACAUCGAUUGGAUGUUUGCAGUGGCCGUACUGGCGUCGUCCCACAAUAUUGAAUCUCUGGACCCGAUCGACAAAGUAACGAUCCUCACGCUCAGGCAGUAUCCCAAGGCGCGCGAGAUCCUGCGUCGGGGCUGGAUUACGGAGAAAUACCAACCCUUCGACCCAGUGUCCAAGCGUAUCGUGACCGUUGCAAGCUGCGAUGGCGUCAAAUACACUUGCACCAAGGGAGCCCCCAAAGCUGUGCUCCAGCUGACCAACUGCCCCAAAGAGACCUCCGACCUCUACAAAUCCAAAGCGCAGGAAUUUGCCCACCGUGGCUUCCGCUCUCUUGGUGUUGCGGUGCAGAAAGAAGGCGAAGACUGGACCUUGCUUGGCAUGCUCCCGAUGUUUGACCCGCCCAGAGAGGACACGGCGCACACGAUCCAUGAAGCCCAGAACCUCGGUAUCAGUGUUAAAAUGCUUACUGGUGACGCGUUGGCUAUUGCCAAGGAAACUUGCAAGAUGCUUUCGCUUGGUACUAAAGUGUACAACUCGGACAAGCUUAUUCACGGCGGUCUGAGUGGAGCGAUGGCCGGGGACUUGGUUGAAAAAGCAGAUGGAUUUGCAGAGGUCUUCCCCGAACAUAAAUACCAGGUGGUCCAAAUGCUCCAGGACCGAGGGCAUCUGACUGCGAUGACCGGAGAUGGUGUGAACGACGCCCCGUCCUUGAAGAAAGCGGACUGCGGUAUUGCCGUGGAAGGUGCAUCGGAAGCAGCGCAAUCAGCUUCGGAUAUUGUGUUCUUGGAACCAGGCUUAUCGACUAUCAUUGACUCGAUCAAGGUGGCUCGGCAGAUCUUCCACCGGAUGAAGGCGUAUAUUCAAUACCGUAUCGCCCUCUGUUUGCACUUGGAGAUCUAUUUGGUCACGUCGAUGAUUAUCAUUAAUGAGAGUAUUCGCGUGGAACUGAUUGUAUUCCUGGCCCUCUUUGCGGAUCUGGCAACCGUGGCAGUGGCAUAUGAUAAUGCCUCGUUUGAACUCCGACCUGUGGAGUGGCAAUUGCCGAAGAUUUGGUUUAUUUCAGUGCUUCUCGGUCUCCUCCUUGCGCUGGGCACCUGGGUGGUCCGCGGUUCCAUGUUCCUACCGUCCGGAGGUAUCGUGCAGAAUUGGGGCUCCAUUCAAGAGGUGCUGUUCCUGGAAGUGGCGCUCACGGAGAACUGGCUCAUUUUCGUCACUCGCGGGGCAGACACAUGGCCAUCAAUCCACCUAGUCACAGCCAUCCUGGGCGUGGACAUUCUAGCUACCAUCUUCUGCCUGUUCGGUUGGUUCACCAACGAGACGAUGCCCACCCACCCAGCAGACAAGUUCGUGGAGACAACCAACGGCUGGACGGACAUCGUGACCGUCGUCCGGGUAUGGGGCUACUCGCUAGGCGUGGAGAUCGUCAUCGCUUUGGUGUAUUUCAUGCUGAACAAGUUCAAGUGGCUUGACAAUUUGGGCCGAGCCAAGCGCGACAAGGGCGAUCUCAAGAUCGAGAACCUGCUCGGCCAUCUGGCGCGCCUUACCCUCGAGUACGAGGAGCCCGGCAAGCCCAAGGGCCGGUUCUUCCUGGCUGCAAGCAAGGAAGAAGAGGAGGCGGAGUAA